GGUGCCGUCUUUUGAACAGGGCGUGGCUGCCCUUUGCAGAAGAAGGAAGCACGUCUCUUUCUUUUUUUUUCUUUUCAUUUUUCCACACUAAUUUUGGAGCAGACGUCUACAGGCGGCUCGUGGGACUCGUAUUUUGCAGGCAGCUGGACGGCACAUUCAUGGCCAGUCCGAACACCACCAUGCCAGAACAAAAUAAACCCAGUGGGAACCCAGACUACAUCGCCUUCGUCCUGGUCCCAGUUUUCUUCCUCCUGGGUUUGUUGGGGGUGGUAAUCUGCCAUAUUUUGAAGAAGAAGGGCUACAGGUGCACCACUGCCCAAAAUGACGAGGAGUGUGACGCAGAAGAAAAGGAUCCUGAGCUGGGCGGAGAGGCGAAUGACACCAUGAGUGACAGCGACACCGUGGGACAGAUAGUCCACUACAUCAUGAAAAAUGAAGCAAACUCGGACGCCCUGAAAGCCAUGGUUCACGAGAACAGCAUUGAUUCAGAUGGGCCUCCGCUCACCCCCACAUCCCCGGGCCCCGCCACCCCUCCGCUGACCCCUUUGUCCCCACGGCCACCCGCUGGAGCAGAAAAGCACACCUGCAGCCACCUGCACACCAUCGGCGGAGCGAGCGGCACCAAGAACAUCUGCACGCGCUGCAACCAGAAGAAGUGGCCGUUGAUGAGGAAGCCGUCCGCCCGGCGGGCGGAGCAGCGCCGCAGUCACCUCGGGGAGGUCACGGUGCUGGCCGUGGGCAGGUUUCGUGUCACGAGGUGCGAAAAACCCACCAAGGAUCGACGGACUCUGAUAAUCUCAGACUCCAACGGCAGCGUCCCAUCAACCCCCACACAGGUGGAGCCCCCACGCCAAGCCACGCUGGAGCUCAGACAGGUUUUUGAGCACAAAAAAAACGAGCAGAAAGAGAACCGGGACAAAGAGAAGCGAUAGAACCUCAGCUAGAACACAAACACCCGGAGACUCCGUGAAGCCAGCGUUUGAACCAGCAGCCCGAGACGAGCACAUCAGGAGUCGUCGCUCUGCAGGGACCCAAACAUGCUGCUAAUGAGGAAGGAGGUGGUGGUGGUGGUGGUGGGGGGGGUGUCUCUGUUCACAAGUGAAGGAGGAGUAAAACCGAUUCAGAUUUACAGAAACGCCUUGCUCCGCGGUUUCACGGCAACGCAGCAGCUCCAUUGCUCAUCUGGGGUUUGAACCAGAGCUUUUUAGACAACAAAGUUCUCCAACACGUGGUCUACGAUGUGUGUACAUAUGUUUAUAAGGUUUUAUAGGUGGAUAUAUGAAAGAGACUUUUAUUCUAUAAUGUCCUCUUUAUUUAUAUAACAAAUCUCCUGACCUGGGAGAUGAAGGUCGCCAAGCAGCCAGACGACAGACUCAAAGCCUGUACAGAUGAAGUUUGAGCAAAGUUUAUCAGGCUGGCAGAAAAAACCCUCUUCAUCCUGUUUGUUUCUGUCGUUCUUCAAUCCCACCGUUGUGUGUCGCAACUGUUGUUUUUUUAAGUGUGACUUCAAUAAAGAAUCUAAACCGAUCUGUUGUCGUAUUCACCACCAGACACUAAUCUGCACGUCAAUAUCUUAGCAAACAUUUGGUGUUUUUGAUGCAGUCUAGAGUUUGUCCUUCAAAUCACAUGCCAACUUCUAUUGUUGCUGUGGAACACCAGAGGUGCCUUUUUAUGGCUUAAAUGCCUUUAUAGAAUUAGUGAUUUAUGGUCAAAAAAAAAGUUUAGUUCAUGAAAAAGUCAAGUUUAAGCAAACUUCAACAUUUCAACAGUAUUAAAUAAAGUUGGGUUUUAAAUUUAUAGAUUCUUAAGGUGAAUCUAAAAGUGAAAUGUCAGAAAAACGAAUAAUUACCUUUUUUAUUUUGAUUUAGUUUGAAUGUCAGAUGUGUUUUUAACAUGUUUGUCACAUUUUUCUGAUGACGGAGGACAUGUACGAAGAAAACCAAGAAUAAAGUUGGAUUUCGGAGUA